AUGGCAUCAAGCACCAUUAAAGAAACUGCCAGCGAUGCUGCUGCUACCGCAACAGCUGCCGCCUCGGCCAUUGAAGCCCCAUCCGAUUUCCUGCACCACCCAUAUACUCGCGCCGCCCUGCCCUUCAUCAACGGCGGUCUGGCCGGUAUGACAGCCACGGCCGUGAUUCAGCCCGUGGACAUGGUCAAGGUGCGCUUGCAACUCGCUGGCGAAGGCGCCCGCACCGGACCCAAGCCCUCAGCCCUGGGAAUAACGCGCGAUAUCAUCGCAUCCGGCAAAGUCCUGGAUCUGUACACCGGCCUCUCAGCCGGUAUCCUCCGCCAAGCAGUAUACACAACGGCCCGCCUAGGCUUCUUCGACACAUUCAUCACGCGCCUCAACGCCCGCGCCUCAGCAGCAAACCGCAAAGUGACCUUCGCAGAGCGCGCCGCGGCAGGACUAAGCGCCGGUGGUAUCGCGGCCAUGAUAGGAAACCCAGCCGACUUGGCCCUCGUACGCAUGCAGUCGGACGGCCUCAAAGCCCCCGAGGCGCGGGCAAACUACCGCUCCGUUUUCGACGCUUUGUUCCGGAUCACCCGCGGCGAGGGAAUCGGUGCCCUGUGGGCUGGUGCGUUCCCGACGGUUGUGCGGGCCAUGGCACUUAACAUGGGACAGUUGACUUUCUUCUCCGAGGCCAAGCAGCAGCUCAAGCAGCAUACCGCGUUGUCGGCGCAGAAUCAGACGUUCGCUGCUUCGGCCAUUGCGGGGUUCUUUGCUAGUUUCUUGUCGUUGCCUUUUGAUUUCAUCAAGACUCGUUUGCAGAAGCAGCAGAAGGAUCCGCAAACUGGGAAGGUUCCCUACAAAGGGUUACUGGAUUGUGCGCGCAAGGUUGUCGCCGAGGAGGGAUGGUUGCGCUUCUACCGGGGCUUCGGGACUUACUACGUUCGGAUCGCUCCUCAUGCGAUGGUGACUCUCAUCGUCGCCGAUUAUCUGAACAUCAUCACCAAGUGA